AUGAAGGUGGCUUUGGUGCUUUUGCUCCCCUUGGUGGCUUCGGCCCUUCGUCACCGAAGGGGUGCCAAGUCGAAGAGGCCUUCGCUGGAGGAAAUCCUGGGUUUGACAGGCCCGAGGGACGAUGGCCACUGCCAGAACAAGGGUAGGCCCUGGACGAAGCAGUUCUGUGGCGUGCCAAGCUCGAGUUUGAGCAAGAGCAAGGUGAUUGACUUCAGUCAUGUCCACGAGCCUGGCAUCUGCAGCCAGUUCAGCCAGGACCGCUACCUCAAUGCUAUCUUCAAGGCCAUCGGAACCACCAACACCUACUUCGUGGAGUUCGGCAGCCGCCGCCCCGAAGUCCUGAACUCGGCCCACUUCCGCUUGAACUGUGGCUGGAAGGGCCUGCUCCUGGAUGGUGCCCCCGGAUCCUCGCCCAACGGAGGCUGCCCUUCUUGCCCUGGACAAGAUCUGAUCCAGGAACCCGACGAUGCCCCGGUGCGCCUGCGACAGGCAUUCCUGACGGUGGAGAACAUCAAUGAGAAAUUCCAGAUGCAUAAGGUGCCGUGUGAGUUUGAUCUCCUCACGGUUGACGUGGACUGGAAUGAUUACUGGCUCGUCAAGGCCCUGGACUUUGGCCGCUUCCAGCCACGCGUGGUGGCCAUCGAGUUCAGCAGCUACUUCAGGGGCUCCGAGAAGCAGGUGCGCUCGUACCAGUCCGAUGGCGUUUGGGCUGGGAUGGGAGAGGUCAGCGGCGCCUCCUUGGCCGCGUUGGACGCCCUGAUGCAGGCCAAAGGCUACAAGCUUGUCGCUCAGGUGGCCGGCGAGCAUGGCAUUUGGGUUUCGGCCAAGGAGAUGAACCCGGACGACCAUGCCAUGAAGAUUCCCGAGAUUAUCUCAGAGGGUUGGCAGUUUGACCUUCGACGAAAGGGUGCAGGAGCACCAGGCUUCGAGGAGGUUAUCGAUCCUUGUGAGGAUUUCGGCUGCCAAGAGAAAGCCAGCUCCUGCGACGAGGGUGGAAGUGAUGAGUCCAACCUCGCCGAAUCUUCACAGCCAACUGCAAACCAGGGCGAUGAGAAUUCCAACAAAGGCGAUGGUGAUCCCACCCUCGCGGACUCUUCUCAGUAUGCUGCAAGCGAAGACGAUGAUGAUGAUGAUGAUGAUGAUGGUGAUGAUGAUGAUGAAGAUGGUGAUGAGGAUGCAUAA